AUGCCUCCACGAAGCAAAAAUGUGGCACAAGUCAUCCGACAGCUGCCCCCAGCGCAUGUGCUACCGCGCACGUUGCAGCGAUCCCUCUGCCUCCAAUGCCAAACUCGACUGCUUCAGUCUUGUUCACCGAGACGCGUACCCCCGUCGACAGUGUCCGUAAAAUCCCAUCAACUCACAAACAGAGCCUUCUCCACCUCUCCAUUCCUGCUCAAGAAAUCCUCAUCGUCGUCCAAAUCCUCCCGAAAAUCCCCAUCCGUCGACUCCCUCACACACAAAGAUGCCGUGCACAUCCCGGACAACAAAGCCACGCGCAACCGCGACAGCGAAAUCGAUCCUUACGACUUCUCCGAGCUCGAGGCCGGGAUCGCCAAGGCCGUCGCGCGUCUAAAGGAUGCGCUGGUCAAGACGAAAGACGCGGGCAGAGUCACGCCGGAAAUGAUCGAGGUGCUGCCCGUGGAGAUCAAUGUCAAGGGAGCGGAGACGGGGAGAGGAAGCCCGCACAAGGAAAAAGUCAAGGUGGGAGAUCUGGCGAGUGUCGUUGCCAAGGGGGGAAGGAGUGUACAGAUAUUCUGUGCGGAAGAGGCUCACGUCAAGCCUAUAGCAUCAGCGCUGCUGGCAAGUCCCUACAGCCUCGUCCCGCAAACCACCGCCCCUCACACGCCUGGCACGACCUCUGUCUCUCAAUCCAACCCGCCGACCUCCUCCAACCACUUACUCAUAACCGUGCCGGUCCCGCCCAUCACAGCGGAGACACGCAACCUCGCGCGCGCCGAGGCCAAAAAGAUGUUCGAACGUGCGUCCCAAGAGGUGCGGAAUGCGAGGAGCGACGCGCAAAAGCGGUUUCGGAAGAUGGAGUUGGGAAAACUGGUCAUUGUGGACGAAUUGCGAAAGGCGCACAAGCAGAUGGAGGAGGUUGUGAAGAAGGGCCAGGAUGAGGUCAAGAAGGUUUAUGAAGCGAGCUUGAAGGCUUUGGAUGGAUGA